AACCCUGGUACUAUUUAUUUACAUUCUAAAUGCCGCUUUCGUAUUUGUUAUAUAUUAUAUUGGUUCGUAAUAAUAAAACUCAAAAUAAUGAUAUUUGUGUUAUACUGUGUAAAUUCACUAGUUACUUAGCAAAGUGAAAAAAACUGCAACUUAAUCUAAACAUAAGGCGGUGUUAAUUACACUAUCUGUGAUUAGGCUGGGAUAUUGAUUUCUCUUUAUGCAUACAUACCUUUUCCUAAAUAUUAACUCUGUGAAAUUUGGAGCUUUGGAAAAAAGCAUAUACAACAAUUUUUCACAAAAUGAUUAACACGUCCAAUUCUCUAUAUCCAUUAGUGUUUUGGGCACAGACAAAGGAACAAGUGACAUUGAAAGUAGACUUAAAAGAUUCAAAGAACCAUUUAGUGAAGUUUACGGAAAAAAAUCUUGUAUUUUCUUCUAAAGGAUAUGGUGCUUGCGGAUUUAAUGAAUACAAAUUCGAAUUGCAUUUCUAUGCUCCUAUUGAUAGCGAGCAAUGUAGCUAUCGUAUCACAGAUAACAAAGUGGAGUUCUUCAUUAAAAAAUUGGAAUCUAAAUGGUGGUCUCGUUUAAUUGCAACUCCACAGAAACCACAUUGGUUGAAAAUUGAUUUUGAUCGUUGGAGUACCGAAGACGAAAUCAUCGAUGAUGAAAAGCCUCGCGAUAUCAUGGAGGACUAUUCUAAAGAGUUUGACAGGGUACAGAAAGAAGAAUUUGGUUACUUAAAAGAAAGCGCCAAAAGAGUGUAUAUGAUAUUUUAUAAUUUGGCCCAAUUAAUUGGAUAUCUUUACAUUUUAAUAGUGAUGUGUGUGUUGUACUACCGUGAUGGUAUAUUGUCUAUGCCUAAAACAUAUGAAUCUGUUGGCAACGCAAUGAAAUUUUGUCAGCUAUUGCAAUACCUUGAAGUUCUACAUCCCAUUUUUGGAUACACAAAAGGUGGUGCUUUGAUGCCAUUUUUUCAGGUUACGGGACGCAAUUUUAUACUCUUCGUAAUGGUGGAGUUAGAGGAGCGUAUGCAAACGAAACCAGUAAUUUUUUAUGUGUUCGCGAUAUGGUCAUGUAUCGAAAUAAUUCGAUAUCCGUACUAUUUAACGCAAAUCUUUAAAUGCGAAAUUGGGCUUCUCACAUGGCUACGUUAUACCAUUUGGAUACCACUGUAUCCUAUGGGAAUAUUAUGCGAGGGCAUAAUAAUUCUCCGGAAUCUACCCUAUUUUGAAGAAACGAAAAGGUUGUCGGUUGAUUUGCCAAACAAAUUGAAUUUCUAUUUUAACAUGCCUGCAUUUAUGAAGAUUUAUCUGCUGCUUCUAAUUUUGCCGGGAACUUAUUUAGUUAUGUCUCAUAUGACAAAGACGCGUGCCAAGAAGCUAACGGGAAAACGAAUUUCUUAGCUUAAAUAUUAUUUUAACAGGUAGGCACAGCUUCAACCGGAAUGACGUACUUUUAUUAUUGUCAAAUUUACUAUACAAAUGUAAAAAUAUUUUAUUUUAUUGUAUUUAUUCUUAUUAAUACAUAGCAAAUUAAUUUCCUCAAAUGACUACAAUUUUGAAUAUAAAUAGUUAGGCAUAAUGAAAUUCUGUCGUAAAACUUACAAACUGACAAGAAAAAAUUGAAAACUCACUAGGGAACUAUUACCACUUUUGUUAGCUUUUGCGAAAUUUAAUAUUAUCAUUCUUGGUUUUAAGUAUUAAAACAAUAUAUCCAUAAGGAUAAUAUAAAAAUAAAAAAUACACAUGCUUAAUAUUUA